UCGUUGGCGUUUACGGAAGCCGUCCUGGCCCAAACGUCGCAGCGCGUCCCUCGCUAAGGUUGUGGUCGUCUGUUUACCUCAUCUGUAUCGAUGAUGUGAGACCCGAAACCGCUGGCUAGCUAGCCUAGCUAAAGUAAGGGAGAACCGGUAAGAGAUGGAGGAAAAGAACACAUGUGAUGGGGGUGGCAUAGUGAUGGGCUUCCUUUUAAUUUUCAUCUGUUCUCACCUGUUUGCUGCAAAGCAGCCGUUAAAUUCUCACUGACGGCACUAGCCUGUUAGCACGUAGCUGCAGGCUAGGCUAGCUCCGGUGGGUUCGUGUUUCGGUUUGAUUUGAUAUGGCAGAUUGGGAACUCCUCAACAUUCGCCACUGCUGGGAUUAUUUUGUAAUUUACCCCUUUUUAACUACACCCAACCGUUGUUAAUAGGGACGGAUUUGUAGGUUAGUAAACUAGCUGUCACGUCCGCUGUUGAAGCCUUAGCUAACGCUGCUGCUAGCGAACCCGUCUGGCCUGGAAUGGAGCCAGGCGACUUGCGAGAGAGCCCCGCCGGGUCCGGGGAGUCAGAUGCGGGGGAUUGGAGGGAGGUUAUUCCCGAUGGGGAUGGGGAUGAGGAGGUCAAAACUGCCGAAACAAAUGGAACCACACGGGAGACGGCGCACAGGGACACCUGUGGGGAAGGCGAAAGUGAAAAACAAAAAAGCGCUGGAGAGCAAUUGCACAGUCCCUACGAGGAGGAACUGGACCCCCGGAUCCAGGAAGAGUUGGAGCACCUCAAUGAGGCCAGUGCAGAGAUCAACAAGCUAGAACUGCAGCUGGAUGAUGCCAGAUCAGGGUACCGGAAGAUCCUAACGGAGUCUGCCAGGAAGCUGAAUGCUCAGAGCUCUCAGCUUGGUAGCUGCAUAGAGAAAGCAAGACCGUACUAUGAAGCUCGUCGCCUUGCAAAAGAGGCACAGCAGGAGACCCAGAAGGCGGCUUUGAGCUACGAGAGAGCGGUUUCUAUGCACACAGCUGCCAGGGAGAUGGUCUACGUGGCAGAGCAGGGUCUGAUGGCUGAUGGCAAGAACACCCUGGAUCCCACCUGGCAGGAGAUGCUCAACCACGCUACCUCCAAGGUGAACGAAGCAGAGGAGGAGCGACUCCGCAGUGAGAGGGAGCACAUGCGCGUAACACACGCCUGUCAAGAGGCUGAGGCUCGGGUUCAGAUGCUGCAAAAGUCCCUCAAAAGAGUCAUCCUGAAAUCCAAACCUUACUUUGAGCUCAAGGCCCAGUUCAACCACAUACUGGAGGAGCACAAGGCCAAAGUGCUGCAGCUAGAGCAGAACGUAGCGAAAGUCAAGACCCGCUACUCCAUCGCCCUGCGAAACUUGGAGCAAAUCAGCGAGCAGAUCCACGCUCAGAGGGAUAGGGACCAGGCCGAGGGAGGGCGCCCAACCAUGUGCGGUGGGCGGAGUCCCCCCGUUGGAGCCGAGUCCGACAUCAGUGUUCAGGAGGAAGGCGGGGCCUGCGGUGGUGGUGUGACUGGGAAAGAUCGAGUGGAUGCAGCCAUUGACCUGGUGGAGAAAUACAAGGAGAAGGAGAAUGAAAAGGAGAGGGAGCGGGCAGGCUCGGAUUCCCUCUCGGUCUUCAGCCUGCAGACCAUCGCUUCCGACUUGGAGAAAUAUGACUCCAUCGAGCACCUCGGGGACCUCAGCGAUGUAGGGAGCGUAACUGGGGAUGAGGGGGAGAAAGAGAAAGGCGGCGCGAUGGACAGAAGAGACAAGCUGACGGAAACAUCCGCCAAAGAGCGCCAGCAGCAGUUCUGCAAGCAGCACCACCGAAGCUUCAGUUUGUGAGGCCGUCGGACAGAUGGCUGCUGUAAACACUGCAAAAGUAAAAUGUGACUUGUCAAAAACAUACAAAUUAGGGUAAACACCCCUAACACAUAGGUACCCACCAAAGUAGAAGACAGUGCACUAGCUGCAAAUGUAAAACUGGAGUGACGCAGUUGUAGGUGUAUGAUACUUGUUGUAAAUACACAUUAUUUUAAAGCUGACACUGAUCACAGUUAAUUGCAGCCUAGUUAGGACACUACUGGGAUCUACAGAGGUUACAUCCCUCCAGGAAAUGUAUACUGUAUAUUCACUCCCCUCUGAGGGAUUCUGGGUAGAGUUUGUUCCUUGAGCAUGAAGGAACAGCGGGGACAGCUCAAAGGCCCUGUUUGAACAGUGAGACUCCACCUUCCAGUCGUGUUGAGUCCUAUCAGCAAUAGAUUCGAGACACAGGGUCACACGGUCUCUCUCCAUACACACUCAGAUCCCCGCUCUUAUCCACCCUCAUCCAGUUAGUUUGCUGGGAAAAAUGACGAAAACGAUUCCGUCAGUGCAGAGUGAAAGCAUGUGUGAAUUCCCGUUUCAUUUAUUUAUUUCCUGCGACAUGCUGCAAGUCAUGCUUUUGUUAUUUUUGGCACGGGAGAAUGCGUUUUUUGAAAAUUCCUGAAAUGAUGAACAGAGCGAACGGAGCGGAGUCUGAAGAUGCUGAAGACUGUUUGACUGUUCCCGCUCCGACAGCAUGCACUCCUAGUUAGCUAUUUAAACAGACACUCACCACGUAUUCAGGGCUACACGCUGAAACAAACACUGACAUAAUUCAAGCUAAGAUGAUGAAGCUCAGCCAUGAUUUCUUUUUAAUGUUGUUAUGCUGUAGUCUUUUGAUGCAAAAGCCUUUCCCAAAUUUGUAUAAUUUGGAUAUUGUUUACAUUUGUGUAAGUAGAUUUCUUUGGCAGAAAAUCAAUUUCCUCCUCUGUUCGCCUUUUUUAAAAUUUUCCAUUGUUGUAAUUUGAAGCGUGCCUUGACACAGAGCAAGUGAACAACUUAGCAUGAGUAGUACUUUAUGAUAAUCUCCUGUAUUUCUUUUUAGACCCAUUUAAAUAACAAGUGUGUGGCCUGUAAUGAUUUAUUUUUUUUUAAAUGUAAUAAUCUGACUCACCCAAGCACCGUUUUCUGAUGAGACUUGAAGAGCUACGAUUCAUUUUUUUUUUUUUUUUUGGUUUUGACUUCUGUGUUUCCUUCUUUUAUGAUAUUGUACUUUGAUUGUUUUAGGUGUGUGAUGCAAAACAAUGAAGUCAAGAAAUGACUUGUAAAUGUAUGUAAUUAUUACAGAGCUGGAAAAUAUUGACAUGUACAGUCACACGUGUCGCUGAUUUGAAUAUAUUUGACAAUUUUGUUGUACAGAUGUUCUGGAUACCCCCAGUUUACCAUGUGGGUUUCAAACAUUAUUGUUGCCGUUAAUCUGAAACCCCUCCCACCUUCACUUCUGUCUUAACAAUUCCUCUUCACCCCUUUUUAAUGGCAUUUGUGAGUAGGUCAGAAUGUCUCUCGCUGUUUCCAUUUCAUGCCUUGUCAUACCUAUAACCAAUAAAACAGAUCAUGC